CGGUACGUCUUUCGCAACUUGAAUUAUUAAAUCUUUUUUCUAAAAGAUCGAUACCAAUAGUAAUCUGCAUCCCAUUACGUAUGCAGAUCGAUCUGAUCAACUUCGCGGAGGUCGAAGCUACAUCUCAGAUCACGUUGCUUGAACGUGGAGUGCGCGUACCGGAGGCACAGUACAAGGACAGCUUCCGUAAGAUUCAAGACAGCUUGACGCGAGCGUUACGUGCACUGACGUGUCGCGGCAGAGACGACGUGGGGACCUCUAGUUCAUCUCAUACGUCCGCGCACGUGUACACAGCUGGCCCGUCGACCUCUGCAGCACCCCACGCAGCGUCCAGCGGUACUGCCGCUAGUUCAAGCUUCAUGCACUCCACGGCAAUGGGACCUCCUCCCGCAAGAAUGGAGUCUCAGACGUUUGGCGCCUAUGCUCCAGGAACGUCUCUCCCGUCAGGCUCGAGGCCACCUGCACCGUACUCUCAGGGCUACGCUCAGCAUGCAUGGUCGACGGGAGCUCCUGCAUACGGUGGUCCAUUCGGUGUGGCGGACUGGGACGACUGGGAGGGCGGCUCCGCCACUUGGUCGGAGCUGGUGGGCGGCGACGCCGGCCCUGACAUCAUUGGUCCAUCCCAGACGUAUGACGCUCCAGGUGCACAGUCUCAGGAUGACCCGUUCACGCCAGCACCUCCUCCGCCUCGUCCUCACCGGGCUCCAGAUGCAUUUACGUACUCGGAGGACCACAUACGCCGACGGCCUAGGACUAGAGGGGGGAGGGCCAAGAGAGCGCGAGAUCCGGGACAUGCGGAGUAGAUACUCCUGAUUUUGUGGACUUUUUAUAUUUGAACUGUUUUUGUAUGAUACGAUUUUCUUUUUAAUCGGUUGAUCUAUCGUACUGUCGUAA